AGCGAGUAGAGGUAGGAAGAGGAAAGAGAAGGAAAAUAUACGAGGUAUCAAAGAGCAGGGUGGAAGGGGCAGAUAGUCUUCGUUUCUUUUUUGUACAUUUUUAUGGUCGGUUGGAUACUGGGAUACUGGAUACGUCAUUGACUCAUGAGUAAAAGUAUUAGUUCGCGACUGGUUCCGUUGCUUCCUCUUGUUUCAACCCAUUCUAUCGAAGGAAGACUCGAAACGAAGUCUGUACAUAUCCUAUUGCGUCUUACAUACGUAGUCUCCAUGAACCGAAAGGUUGACGAGUUCUUCUUUUUUUUUUCGGCCUCUCUUACAAGACUUUCUGGCCGAUUUCACUUCUCCUUUCAUCCAUCCUUCAGUCAACACUCAGAACAUUCCUAGUCCUCCUUCUAUAUUAUAACCCCAGCGUCUUGAAGCCGAGAUCGUUUCUUCCCACCCUCCUGCGAUGGA